AUGUAUUAAUUCCACAUUACGUAUACGUAAUACGAGCGAUAUUAGGUACAUUGAAGCUGCAUAUUAUUUUUUGCUGUGUAUGCAUGAAAUUAAUUUGCAACGCUCUAAACGCUGCUCUAGCUGCUUAGUUAGAAAUAUUUAUUAUUGAAUUACAAAGCUUUAAACAAAAGAAGAUGAAGCUGCUCUUAGCUGCGCUGUUAGGCUUUUGGAUCUUUGCUUUAACAGACAGCGGACGCUAUAGACCCAAUGGCGCUUGUCUAGUUUACAACAAGUACAAACAUGAGCGCAGCUGUAAAGGGCCACGUCGCAAGUUUUAUGCAUUUCAUCGCAUUAUAUUGAACUGUGUAUCGGUGUUUUCCAAAUGCAAACGCAUGCAUAAGAAUAACGAGUUUUCAACGCUGAAGAAAUGUCAUCGCGAGUGUGGCUGGCAUAUGAAGAUUGAGGGCAUAAAAAGUCCAGUCAAUGGUAACAGCAGCAGCAGCAGCAGCAGCAGCAGUAGCAGCGGCGGUGGCAGCUGAAACUAUAAAUGUUUAAUUAACAACAAUAAAAAGUGGAUGCACUUGAAGCGCUUGUGGUUAGCUUUAAGCUUGAUGUGGGUGCACAUUUGAAUGUUAAGCGUAGUUAAAUU